CCCAUCCCUGGUGUGCGAGCGGCCGGGCGUGUCUGCGCUCGGCUGAUGGGGAAUCCGGUUUUUCCUGUCGGCUCCAACUGCAUUAAAGGCCAGCAGCAGGUCUGAAGUCUCCUCAGUUUCUCUUCAGCAGCAGCAGCAGCAGCAGCAGCAGCCGAUCUCAAGUGAUGGCGUCAAACACUGCCAUGAUGGGCCACCUGCCCAGCGGCCUGGGGAUAUGCACCACCAUCCCAGACAUCCUUUACGUGCCAGAACUGAUCUUCGGCGGUCUGGUGUGGAUCCUGGUGGCGUGCACGUACGUGGUGCCACACAACCCUCAGGCCUGGGUCAUGAGUGUCUCCGUCUUCUGCUUCAUCAUGACCUUCAUCUGGUUGGUGGUGUUCGCCUGCGGGAGCCACCACAACUCCAGCGGCUGGGCAGCUGCCGACUUCCUCUACCAUGGCAUCGCUGCCUUUUUCUACCUCAGUGCCUCGGUUGCCCUGGCUAAAGUGACUCUGGACUUGAAAUCUGAUCCGCCCAGUAAAGACUACAAGCUGGACAUCUCUGCAGUUGUUUUCUCCUACAUAGCCACCCUCCUCUACUUCGUCCACACGAUAUUGUCUGCGAUACGGUGGAAAUCCUUCUAGACCCCUCCUGCUAACACAGCCACGCCAGACGCACACGAACACAACAGACUUUUUUUUAUUGCUGUACGUAACACUGUGGCCUGCUGACAUGACGGGAACGCUGAGAGUGAGGGAGACCGCCAACUUGUAGUUUGUUCUGAGGAAGCUUCGCCGCAACAUCUGGUGCAUCGCAGGAUCUCAGCCAUGGGACAUCCGAAGAACAACGUUGGCGCCCAGCUGUCCCCGACGGUUGGUUCCACAGAGUUGCUUUGUUGACAGAUCAACAGAACCCAGACACAAUGACUCAUUUAAACAGGUUCAGC